GCAAAAAUAAUAUCGUCAGCGGUCGUCGGCCAUUGUCGUCGGCGGAGAUGCGAGAUAUUUUUCCGUGAUUUCGAACAAAAUCGGUGAACGAAACUGCACACGACAUUGUUCAACAUUUCGCACCAUCCUCCAGGAUGCACACGGUCGCGGAAUUGGGCACCGGCGUCCCGGCGUUCCUUGCCAAGCUGUGGAAACUGGUCGAGGACCCGGAGACCGACAACCUGAUCUGUUGGUCACCUAACGGACGAAGCUUUUUCAUAAAAAAUCAAGCAAAAUUUGCGAGAGAAUUAUUGCCACAUUAUUAUAAACACAACAAUAUGGCUAGUUUUGUACGGCAGCUGAAUAUGUAUGGAUUCCACAAGAAAGUAUCUGUAGAAUUGGGCGGCCUAAAAUGCGAUAAGGACGAAAUGGAAUUUGCACAUCAGUUUUUCCACAAAGCACAUCCAUAUCUGUUGGAGCAUAUUAAAAGAAAAAUUGCAUCUAGCAAAAGUGCAAGUCAAGAUGCAGCUCAUGCUCCUCUUAAACCAGAACUAAUGAACAAGGUGUUAUCAGAAGUAAGAAGUAUGAAAGGUCGACAAGAGAGCUUGGAUACUAAAUUAGGCGCAAUUAAACAUGAAAAUGAGGCACUAUGGAGAGAAAUAGCGAUGCUAAGACAAAAACACCUGAAACAACAACAAAUUGUUAAUAAGCUUAUUCAAUUUCUUAUUACUCUUGUGCAACCCUCGUCAAGAGCAGGUGGUUUAUCCGUCAAGAGGCGAUAUCCAUUGAUGAUAGAUGAUUCAAAUCGUGCACGUAAACAAAGCAAGUUAUCAAAGCCACAAGCAUCACCUACGGGACCAAUAAUUCAUGAACUUGAUGCAUCGGAACCUGAUUUAGAUUCAGAAUAUAUUGUUGCUGAGAUAUUAGAGAAUGGAGCGCCAGCUGUCCAUAGUCCAGAAGAAUAUAUCGAAGCAAUGGAUGACGAAAAUAUGGGAAAUGUUCAUUUGAUCGAAAAUCCUGAGACGGCACUGCUAGAAGACAAUAUCAGAACUGAUUCGCAUGAAACGAGGAAGAAACGUCUUUGCAAAGGCAAAAAGAAGAGGAAAAACAAGGUGCCUGUCAAAAUUUUGAUCCCACCAUUGGAAAAUGGAGGAAAACCAAGGGAAGAAUUACAUUUGCUCGAAAUGCCCGACAAUGAGGAAACUCCUGUAACUUUUGAUUUACUCAAAAAAGAAUCUGUCGGUUCUAAACCUGUACCUGUGGCGACUGUACGCAGUUCUAAACUCGCAGCAAUGGCAGCAAAUAUCAAUGAGUCCCAAGAUGCUGAGCACGACAUUGAUAUGUUGGACAACUCAGCUGACAUGGAAGACGAUAUGGAAGCCUCGGACAACGAUGCAUCUAUGAUGAAGCUGGAGGAUAUCUUAAUUGUUCCAGAAAUAGUCAACGACAGCAACAUUCAAAAUAUUGUCGGGAAUAAGGAUAACGACAACGAGGGAUCUAAGCAAAAUAAUAAGAGACUUUAUCAAGUUGAUGAUGAGAAAAUUGCUUUAGCGACAAAUGAUAUUGAACACCAUAACGAAAAUGGAAUAUCGACAUUUUCGCAAGAUGGAAAGAACAAUGAUGACAAAGCAAGCACAAGUUCAUCAAGAGAUUUAUCUUUGAGUUGUGUCAAUUCCUCUGGCAUAUCCGAAGCUAAUUACAGGUUAGAACCGAUGGAACAUAUGGAUAAUCAUCUGGAAUCAAUGCAAACAGACCUGGAAAACCUGCGUGAAAUUCUACGCGGUGAAGGUUGCAGCAUCGAUGCUAACACUCUUCUUGGGUUGUUCGGUGCAGAUGAUCCAAUGACAUUCGGAUUGCCAAUUAAUCCAGAAUUGAAUCCGAAUUGUGGAAAAGAUAAUGAUAAUAACACUGCAAUUGAAGAUUCUAUUAAUGGAUCUGCUGGUGGAGAACUUAUGGCAUAUAAUCCUACACCCAAUCUACUAGACUUUGAUGAUGAUAUGUUAUUAGGAAAUGAAUCAUCUUCGCUACCAACAGCAUCAUCAGAUUUACCUAUGGACAAUCUAUAUUCUUCAGAUCUAACAGAUUCUUUAGAUCCUUUAGAUGAUAAGGCUUUGCUUUACGAUUCUCUAGUAAGACUCUCUAGUAAGAAUCUAAAAUCGUAAAUACCAUUAUUUAUAUACAUGCUUUUUGCUGAGAACUCUGCUUCUGGAUUUAGUAAUUAUCUAGAAAAAAUGGUAAUGUAAAAAAUAGAAGUGAUAAAACUUGUUUGUAAUAAUAACAUUUCAAAAUAUUACAAAUUUUGCAGCAUUUACUAUCACAUAAAGUAAGAAUAGUAUCUGCAGCAACAUAAUCUAAAUAUCUUAUUGUGAAACAAACAUAAUGAAAAGUAUAAAGGAGCAAUUUUAAAAAUAUCACUAAAAGAGAAAAGAAAUUAGAUACCAAAAUGAUUACAGCUUGUCAAUGGACAAUGGACUCUUGCAAAUGGACAAAUGUGAGAGUUACAUUAAUAAAAUUUUCGUUCUUGCUUGUAUAUAAUUAUAAAUAAUUUUCUUUCCAAAAAAUGUCUCACAAUUAGCUUUGUAAAGAGAAGUAAAAAUAUAGAAUGACGAGAG